CUCGCCCACAAGCGCAUCACGACAAUGCAAGUAAAACCUCCUAAAAGUGAACAGCAUGCCUAAAUUGCAAAAAGUAGCUCAUUUAACACGAAAAACCCCUCAACGGCCCGUCCACUAUACUCCUAUGAAAACACCUAAAUGUGCCUACUCUCCCUCAAGGUAGCUCGAUGAUCCAUGCCAGGGGCACGGAGGCUCAAAAACAAGCUUAUCGCCAUUAGGGUUGCCGGCCGCCUUGUCGGCACCCGCAGCUUGUUCCAUUUUUAUGUUCUGGUUGCCUCGAGCCCGUCGAGGAAUUGCGGAUUUUCCCCGCCAUCGAUAUAGUCAUGUGAUCUGAUUAGUCAUGUAUUAAUGGAUUAUCACGUGAUAUCAAAGUUGGGCGGCCAAACCUUUUCCAAAUAACCUCCCUCGGCGAACGGUGCUGGGAGAGAGCAAUCUUUUGACGGGAGGUCACUUUCUCCCCAGUCGAACGGCUCUGCUAGUUACGGUCAUUGCCAUGUAAAGAAGCAGGUUCUACGAACACAAUGGCUUUUCUAAGAUCCUUUGCGCGUUCUGCUUCUGUCAGAUUUCAUCACCCCGUUUCCUGCAGGUCUUUCGCCACAACUCCCUCAAGAUGGAAUGCUUCCCAACCCGCUAGCAGCGGUAGCGAGGCCCGUAAACCGGUCUCGCUCGCCUCGUUUAAGAGGCCCUUGGCAAAGGUUUUUCUUGCCUCGUUUUUAACAUAUCAAGUCCUUUAUUUGAUAUGGCUUCAGCUCGAAACUCAAGAGUUCGAAGCCGAGAUGCAGAGGGAGUUGACGACCUUAGAAAAGCGGGCUCGGGGAUUAAUUGCCUCGAAAGACUCGAGCAGUUCUAAGUGAUCUUGAAUACUUGACGCUGAACUUCUGAAGAGUUGCCUUCGGGGGGACUAGGAAUUUUGAGCCGCCAGAGCAUGAACUGGCUAAUCCUAACAUAUAUUGGCAAGGACCCGUGUUUUAAAUAAAUGUCAUGUACCAGUACUGUAUUUAAAUUAUAUCCAAAAGGAUUGAUGCCCCUUACUAGCAUACCAUCAUUAGGCCAUCUCUACGCCAUAAACGACCAAUCAAUUCCGGUAUUCCGACAAAACAUCUUGACCUGCCUCACAAUCUAUCAUCACAGCCAUUCCCCCCAUUCACAGGAAAUCCAAUCCGCCACUAAUUGUCUCAAGAUCUACCCGGAUGCUCUCUAUAUCAGCACCGACUCGACCCGCUAUCUCCGCCUUCCGCUGCACGCCCAUGUCAAGCCAUCUCAACAAGAGGUUCCCAUCAACAAUUCCUCUUCCGCCGAACCCGUCACUCUCAACCGCCCGAUAUGCUUUCGGGUUCAAUCCACAAGGGUGCUCCAUGCUUGUUACCAAUUGAGAUUGUAACGCCGAAAGGCGGCGGUACGAAUCUUCGGUCAAGGGAGUUACGACACCUAUCGAGCCUUCCUGGGAUGUCACAAGGACUUGAUAAGAUUUAGGCACAUAGUCAACAUCCAUGUCAUCUUCUUCGGGAUCAUCAGCAGAAGGUGAACUGGAGUGCUCAGGCAGCAACGUCAUUGUUGAA